AUGGCACCAAGAACUUACCGUCCAACAAACACCUACUACGCAAUGCCAAACUACCGCCGCAUCCUCGGUGCCUACGCCAUUACCGGCCUAUUCGCCUGCGCGCACAUACAUCCUCCCCAUCCACCAUCCCCACACGCAACACUCCUCUGGAUCAAUUACUUCGUCACCCUGGUGGUCCUGCUUUUAAUGAACCCAUUCCUCUGCUUUGAGCGCACGAUGAUUAACGAAGACGCGGGGGAAGGUUGUGGUCAAGGCUCCGUUGAUAUGGUUUCGGUCUUGUGA